AUGAGUGACGACCAAGUACCACGGCUCAUUCGGCGCCCGAUGCCCAAUGCCGUCGCAUACGAUCUCAUGACGCCCGGCAAGGUCAUCAUCACACUACCCCCCGGAUCUACCUGGACAAGCGGUCUUCACUGGCACGAAUCCCACACAGAAUACCUCACACUCCUCCACGGCAGCAUCCGCCUACGUCUCGGGAGCGCAGACGACGAGCGCAUUGUCACCGCAGCACCCGGCCACCAGCCGCAAAUCAAAAUCGAAAGAAACCAAUGGCACGAAUGGCGCCGGGCAUCUCCCGACGGCGACGAGGUCGUUGUUUCAGAGACGACGGAUCCGGCAGAUGGCCAAAAGGCCAUUUUCUUCUGGAAUCUCAACGGCGUACUACUCAAUGUUCCGCGCAUAGCAGGCGACAGCAAGACGUUUAUUGGCAAAUGCCCUGCGGCGUUCCAGGCUGCCCUUGUCGACUUCUGGAUCACGCUGAACCUCUAUGUCAUUUUUCACUAUCUCGACAAUAUCCCCGUGCUGUUUCAGUUUUCCCCGAGUUUCAACUUGUUGGAUUGGGUCGCGUCUCGUCUAAUCCUGUUUCUCGCGGCUCAGCUUGGCUGGUUGAUGAAUGCGCGACCAGUUAGGCUAAAGUAUACACCGGCAAAAGAAUAUGCCGAAUGGAUGAGAACAACACAAAGUGGAAAGUCAAAUAAAACGGAGUAA